CUCCUUCUCUUGAUCCCUCCAAAAAAAACUAAUAUUUAUGUAUCUCAGUUUUUUGUCAAUAUUCCCGUUUUUGAUUUUGAGACAGGUCAUGCACAAAGUUCCAGGAUAGGUGGUAGAAAAUAGUAAUGCCUGAUAAUUCUGUUCUGUUCCCCGAGUUGGGAACAGUAUACAGGAAUUCCAGUGGGAAUGUUAGCAAGUUAAGUCAUAAUGUGGCAAACAUAUCUCGAGGCUCAAGAGAAGAUCCUAAUUGCAAGUUUAACCCAUGGGAUUCUCACGGUGGAGUAACUUCAAAUCCUCAGAUUCCCCACAAUUCAGCUUCUAAUGCAUGGGAACGUCCAAAUUUGAUCCAGAAGCUGGGAAUUCAGAAGAAUGGCUGCUCAGGAUCUGAUAACAGUAAUAUGUGGCCAACUCAAACUACUGUUGGAAAUGCAUGGCCUAAAAAGACUAAUGAAGCGUGGAGAAAUAAUUUCAAGGCUUCUCAGCUGUCUGCAUCUCCAACUUCAGACAAAGCUGAUGAAAUCAUCUCAAAUGCUCAAUCCAGUGAUUUUAUUUGUGCUGUGAAUGGUGUUGAUGAUGAUAAUGACGAUGAAGAAGAAGAUCUUUUAUAUGAUAGUGAUGAUGAUUUCUUUGACAUUGACUCUGAUUCAGAUACAAGUCAAAAGAGCCAUGAAAAUCUUAAGAAAUGUAUGCCGUUCAAGGCCUUUUUUGAAUGUUUGGAAAAACUAACUGUGGAUGAGAUUAAUUCACCAGCAAGGCGAUGGCACUGCCCUGCUUGCCAGGGGGGUCCCGGAGCCAUUAACUGGUACCGAGCUCUCCAACCCCUGAUUGCUCAUGCCCAGACAAAGAAAAAACGAAGAGCACUACUCCAUCGGGAGUUUGCUAAACUUUUAAAUGAGGAGACUUGCAGAAGAGGGAUUUCUGGUUUCCCAGUUGGUGAAGUAUUUGAUAGGUGGGAAGGCCUCUCUGAGACAGUAAAAGACCAUGAAAUAGUUUGGCCUCCGAUGGUCAUUGUAAUGAACACCAGAAAUGAGCAGCAUGAAAAUGGCAAGUGGAGUGGUAUGGGAAAUCAAGAUCUUCUUGAUUGCUUCUGCAACUAUGCUGCAUCGAAAGCUAGGCACUCUUAUGGUCCACAAGGGCAUCGGGGCAUGAGUGUUUUGAUUUUUGAGUACUCUGCAGCAGGUUAUAUGGAGGCUGUGCAUCUGCAUAAACAUUUUAAAGAGCAAGGAAGAGAUAGGGAAGCUUGGGAUCGUUCUCAGGUUCUAUUUUCUGGUGGGAAACGACAACUGUAUGGUUUUAUGGCUAUGAAAGAAGACUUAGAUAUCUUUAACCAGCAUGCUCGAGGGAGGUCCAAACUGCAAUUUGAGAUGAGGUCAUACCAGCAGAUGGUUGGGAGCCAAAUUAACCAAAUGAAUGAUAACAGUCAGCAACUUAUCCAACUUAAGGACAAAUUUGUCGAAGGACAAAAGCAUUCCCAAGUCCUUGCAGAGUCUAUUGAUAGAGUGAGUGAGAAGUUACGUCAGACAAUAGAAGAGAAUAGGCUUAUAAGACAGAGAAUGAAGCUUCAGCGCGAGGAAACCAAGGAUGAGAUGGAUGCUCAAGAACGAUUUUUUAAGGAUCAAAUGAAGAUUAUUCAAGAAGUUAUAAAGACAAAGGAAGAUACUUUUAAGAAAAUGCAACAAGCGGAGCGAGAAAAGGUUCAGCAAUCUGAUGCACAUAAUUCAAAUGUAGGACACAGGGAAGAGGAAAUUGCUAGCCUUCAAAAACUUAAAGAAAGAGAGUGGGAAGAAUUUGAAACAGAGAGGGAGAAGAUAAUAAAAGAUCAUGAAGAAAAGAAGGCUGCAACCAUGCGUAGAUACUGGGAUGAACAGCUUGAGCUUAAGAAAGAGUUGGAGAAAGAACUAACCCUGCUCAUGGAAAAGUACAGCCCAACUGGUCUUAGAGAAAAUAGUACUAACAAUCUUUGAUGGUCUUUGUCCAGAAAAAAAAGAAAAAAGUAGGAAAAUUUUUUGCUGGUUUUGGGUAAAGAAGCAAUCUCUAAGAGUGAGAGAAAAUGACAGGAAAUGUGCUCGGAAUCAUCUUCUUUUGGUUGGUGAUGCUUCUGAAGCAUGUGGAAGAAAGAGAAGUGAAGCAGAAGAAAACCUUCACUUCAAGUUGUAAUCUUCCAAAUUAAUCAUGGAAUUUGAACAUUUUUUUAAACUGUAAAUUGCUUAUACAUGAUUCAUGCUAUGUGCAAUAAAUAAUAUGGCAAUGCAACAAGUUUAAUAAUA